AUGCCGCUAGUGCAUCGAAUUGAAUUUGAACAUGGCACAACCACAGGAAAGCGAGUAAUUCGAAUAGAUGGAAAGGAAAUUUUACGACGAGAUUGGAUGUUCAAAUUGGUUGGAAAGGAAACGUUUCAACUCGGGAAAAUGAAAUGCACUAUCACAGUCGAAGCGCUGGGCACAUUUGCUUACGAAUACUCAUUAGAGGUGAAUGGGAAAAACUACGAGAAAUUCCGAGAAGAACAAAGCAGGAAAUUGUUGUGUUGGGAAACACAUAUUGGGGGAGAAGAGACGCGAAUCGUGCUGGUGCGACACUAG